UUGGCUGCCUUGGUUACAGGGACGACUGCGCACUGAGUAGGGUGGGGAACCAGCGUUGCCGGUGGGUGACGUCACGUCCGGUCGUUCUGGGGCCGGCCGAGAGGUUACGAAUAUGAAGUCCGUGUUCGUCACCGUGGGCACCACCAGUUUCGACGAACUCAUAACCUGUGUGUCUUCCAGACCUACCCUGCAGGUGAGCCGCUCCGGAAUACCGGUCGGCCAAAUCCCUGGGUGCCGGUUAUUGUUUUUUUCACUCUGUUGCUGCAAGAGUAGUGGAGAGGAAGCUGAGCCGGCCCCCCGCUGUUUGGCAUUUGGAUUUCUCUUUGUAGGUGCGGGAAGCUGCUUGGAGAUCCUGGGAGAAGGGAAGCCCUUGGUGGUGGUCGUAAAUGAAAAGCUGAUGGACAAUCACCAGUUGGAGCUGGCCAAACAGCUGCACGAAGAAGGGUAUCUUUUCUACUGCACGUGCAGGUAGGUGGCGGUGGGGGCUGGUGGCCGGCUGGUACU